AUGCCGUUCAAUCCACUAUCCUGGUUCACCUCUUCCCCAGCGCCUACACCCGCGCCAGCGGCAGCAGCAGCAGCAGCACCUCCGCCAUCACCUCCACCACCACCACCAGCCCUCAUCCCCACCCCCGAGACCCCCGCCGCAACCGUCCCCGCCGCCCCACGCCUCACCGAAACCCAGCGACAGCUCAAGCAGCUCACCCUCCUCCUCGGCGGCAGCACCUUCCUCGCGCUCUCCAUCCUCACGACCCGCCGCACGCUUGCCAAGCGCCGGCUCUCCCUCAUCCCGCCGUUCUACCACCCCAACAACCGGCCCCCCCUCGUACCGCCCAACGGCGCCCUCGACGCCUUGCAGGCGCUCAAUCUCGCGACGCUCAACACCAUGGCGUUCGCCAUCUUCCUCGUGGGCGGGAGCAUGGUGGCCCUGGACGUGUGCAAUGUCGAGGAGCUGCGGGGGAAGGCGAGGAAGACUGCUGUGGGCGAGGAGGAGCUGGCGAAGGAGAGGGAGGCCGAGGAGGAGUUUGAGGAGUGGCUGGCGGGCGUGCUGGCGAGGAAGGAGAGGAAGGAGGAGAUCAAGAGGCGGGUGAAGGAGGAGAUGGAUAGGGAGAAGGCGAAGGAGGGGAGGUGA